AUGAAAGAUGACGAUGAUUUAGAUGUCGACAUUGAAAGAUUCAAUAAACUGAAAAAGAAAUCAUCUUCAUCUCUGGAUGUAUCAUCAUCAGCUGAUAAUAAUAUUAUUAGUAAACAAGAAAAGAAAGAACUUAAAGAAAGAGAAAAGGAAAGAGAAAAGAAGGAAAAAGAGGAAAAGAAGAAAUUAAAAUCAUCUUCUAAGAAGAUUAAUACUUCUUCAAAUGGUGAUUCUUCCUCUUCCUCCUUUUCAUCAGCACAACUUGAAAUUAGUACACCAAGUGGAUUUAAACAAACAACUACACCACCAAUACCAUCUGCAUUAACAAAACCAUCAAUAUUUACUUUGAUACAAUCACCAGUAUCUGAUUAUAGUAGUAGUAAUGAUGAUAUUAGUAAUAAUAAUAAUAAUAAUAAUAAUAACGAACAAUAUAUUGAACCAGAACCAGAAUUAGAGGAACCUGAACAUUAUUAUUAUAGUGGUAAAAAAGAGAAAUUAUAUUACAAGGUAUCACCACAACUAUUACAAGAUGUAUUGAAAUGGGAAGAGAAAAAGACAAGUUAUCAAAAGGCAAUAGAUGGUCUAUUGAAAAAGAAAACUCAAAUGUUGGAUCUAUUAUUCAAUGACUACUUGGAAGAGAUGAUUCCAAUACUCGAUCAACACAACUUUGAUGCUCAAUUCAAGAAUGAAAUCAUUGGUCGUGAACGUGAAAGAUUGGAAGCAUCUAAACUUAAAUUAUUUGGUUCUGGUAAUGCUUCCAUUACUGCUUUGGAAACUCAAAUCUCUCAAAGGAAAAAAGAAAUUAAUAUGCAUAAUAAAAUAACAUUAAUUCAAUCAGUUGUUAGAGGAUGGUUACAAAAGAGGAGAUAUCAAGAAAUGAAAAAGAGAAUUGAAAGAAGAAACAAAUGUGUAUUGGAGAUUAUAGAGACUGAAAGAACCUAUGUCAAUAGUUUAAAUAUCAUUAUGAAUCAAUUUUUGGCACCUCUUCAAACCAUUCGAAAGGAUCUCUUGUCACAAUCUGAAAUUAGUAGCAUCUUUUCAAAUUGUUCAUCACUUCAAGGAAUUCAUCAAGAACUCUUGGAAUCGCUGGAAAAGAAAUGGAAGAAUUGGGAUCAUCAUCAAUCCACUAUUGCCGAUAGUUUUCAACCACUCAUUCCCUACCUCAAACUGUACAUUCAAUAUAUCAACAAUUUCAACAAUGCUAUCAAUACAUUAAACGAUUGUAAAAAAAGAGAUUCAAAAGUAAAUCAAUUCUUUUUUAAAGACUGUAAAAAUAAUGUACAAUUAAAAAAUAAAGAUUUCCUUGAUCUUCAAAUUCAACCAGUACAAAGAAUCCCAAGAUAUAAAUUAUUAUUAAUGGAAUUAUUAAAAAAUACACCAACAAUUCAUAAAGAUUUUGAUUUAAUUACCAAAGCACUUAGAGCAGUUCAAGAUGUAGCAUCAUCAAUCAAUGAAAGUAAAAGAAAUGCAGAAGGUUUGGAAAAAAUGAUUCAAAUUCAAGCUUCAUUAAUUCAAACAAAUAUUGAAUUAGUUCAACCAUAUAGAAGACAUUUAAAAGAUGGAAUAAUAAUGUUUGAAAAGAGAGGAGUAUUAAAAGAACGUGUAUUAUUCCUAUUUAAUGAUUCAUUAUUGUUGUGUAAAAAGAGACCAAAUAUAAUGAGUGGAACAUUGUUUGAUACAUCGCCUCGAUACUCGAUUGCUACACAUCUCAAACUAGCCAGUUGUAUUGUUUUACCAACUGAACAACCACAACAUUCUCUCAAAUACAAAGAUGCAAGUGGUAUGGUUCAAAAUGGAUCGUCCGAUCAGACUCUUAAAUCCAUAUCCUAUGGGUUUGCUGUGUUGGGAAGAGAACAUCUUUAUUUCUACACUAAAAAUGCAAUUGAACAAUUGGAAUGGAUCGAGUUGAUCAAGGGUAUUGUCAAGGAAAUUGAUCGUAACCACUCUACACUCAGAAAGGAGGAAGCAGAAGAUGCAGGUGACCAAAUGUUGGUACGUGAAAGUCAUUCAAGAUUGAGUACAAUGAUCGACGGAUCAAUGUCUGGAACUGUUCCCAAUCCAAAUAGAUUAUCAACUCGUAUUAUUGAAAGAGAAUCAAGAGAUCAAUUACAACAACAACAACAACAGGGUCCAAUAGUCAUUGAAAGAACAUCUAGAAAUUCAUCCUCACCUCCAAAUAAUAAUACUUUACUUGCUUCUUCAUUGACAACCCAACAAGUUUCCUCUUUUUCUUCUUCUUCUUCUUCUUUACUUGCAAAUAGUAUUGGUAAUACUAGUCCACCAUUACAACAACAACAAUCAUUUGGUAGAACGAGUAAUUUGUCAACAACAUUUUCAACUAUAUCAUUAUUACAACAAUCUUCAUCAUCAUCACCACCAUUACCAUCAUACCAAAACAAAUCAAUUAGAGAAUUGAUAGAUAUUAUCGCUCAAUUGAAUGAUUUGUACCAACAAUUAUUUUCACCACUAGAUUCACUUCAAUCUGUAUUUUCAGAGUAUAUCAAACAUAUUCAAUCGGCAAACAUGAACCAAACACUUGCAAAUAUUUCGACCAUCCUAAACAAGAUUGUUGGACUAAAACGACGAUCGGUUGAAUUAAUGAGAGAAGAGAAUCUAACCAAACAACUUCAAGAUGUAAUAGUCCAAGGAAAAGAAAACAUUGGAGCUUACAAUGAAUGGGUAAAGAGAGCUCAUCCAAAUCCCAACGAUCCAGCCAGUCAACAACCUCGGUUCCUUGUUAUCAAUCUUAUGAAAUGGUACAACACGUUACAUGGAACAUGGAGAAUGAUUUUGGAUUUUGAUUCUUCAUUAUCUUCCUCUUCAAACAAUAUGUCUCCUCCCAAUGCUUUUUCAUCUCCAUUAUCAUCAACCAUUUCAACUAGUUCUUUGGUUUAA